ACUCUGGUGGCACUAGGUGUUAUUACAACUGGGCCACCAUCUUUGGUCGAAGCGCUCCAGCUCGGCUGGGUCGAUUACGACACCGCCUUCGUCACGGUGCCCCAAAAAGGCGUUAGGUGUUCGCUGCACGAAGCCGUCGUGUCCGAACUGGUUAGCGUGGGUUUGCGUCGGCGAUCCACCCAUCUGUACGAUGCCCUCCGACAGGGCCUUAUCGAUCCCCAGACACGAAUGUUUACCAAUCGCGAUCAGCGGGUCUCUGUGUCCGAGGCCGUCGAGCGCCGAAUGAUUGAGACCGAAAUUGCAACUAUCGUAGACCCGAACGGGCGAAGAAUAACGUUAGGCGAGGCCAUCGAUUCCGGUGUAGUUGAUCCCGCUCGUUGUACUUUGAAAGUCGAUGCCGUCAAGUCCGUUUCGUGGGAAACGGCCCUGCGCGACCAACUGAUCGUCAAGCCGUUGACUUUGAAGGAAUGCGUCGACAGGCAAUUGGUGAGUGCCGAUGGAACCAUUGUCGAUCCUUUGUCGUCGUCCCUUCGGCCCGUUAGCUGGAACCUGCUCAGAGCAGCUAAAGCUGGACUCUUGGAUGUAGACUCGACUAAAUCGGUGGCCGAUAGCCAAACGGGACAGACUCUAACGCUGGCCGAAGCCCUCAGCGAAGGCAUCAUCAUCCCGUCGGGCCUGUACGUUGAACGACCCCACGGGGCCACCAUGACGCUAGAAGAGGCCUCUGAAUUGGGUCUGCUGCUGUCCGAAGGAUUGGAGUUUUUACCUCCGCGACGUCCGUCUACCGGAAGCGAAAACGAUCCGCCACCCAAUGGCUGGCCGCUCAAGGUAGCCAUUGAGAAUAAAUAUCUGGACACGAAUACGGGACUGUUUGCCGUGCCGGGCACUGAUCGGCUUGUCUCGCUCGAGGAGUGCAUCCUCCUCAGCAUCAUCCGACCGGAUUCGGCCUCUGUUCUCGAUCCGUCCACGAAACAUUACAUCCCCAUCCUUCGCGCGUUCGAGAAGAAAAUUCUCACCCCGACCGGCCACUACAAAGAGCCGAAUGCUAAAGCGCUCAACAUCCGCGAAGCGCUCAAUCGAUACCACAUCAUUUUCGUCGACGAUGACAGCGUCUCUCCGUCGUCGACCGUCAAACGUGGAUUUUCUCCGCGUCGCGAACGUCAAUCCUCCGUCGAAGGAUCACCGCCAAAGAUGAAACCUCCGUCGUUAUCCGAGUCGCCGUCGCGUCGAGAAAUCAGCCGGAAUAAAAGCGUCGAUGCCGGAUCGCCGUUUGACGAUCUCCCUCCGCCCGAUUUGCAAGACAUUCGCCUAGCACCGGGAGUGAUUUUUGCGCCGUCCAGUGGAGUCGUUUCCAUCGACGAAACAAAAGAGACGCUGAAUUUGCUGGAAGCUCUCAAGAGGAACGUUGUCCAGCCGAGCAAAGUGAAGGUGCGCGAUCCGACUUCGCCCGCCAAAGAAUUGUCCGUUACGGAGGCCAUCCGCAAAGGCAUCGUGUCGAAAGAGACGGGCGAUUACAAGUAUUCCGGUGGCCGGACGCUGUCGCUUUUGGAAGCCGUACGAGUUGGAGUCGUAACUGUGAUUGGCCGGCCGGCCAGCGAGCCGGAAGCCGUGAUGGAAGUGGCCAAAUCGUCGAAUACCUGGAAAGAUGUGCGCAUUAAACUCGUCGAUCCUUUUACGGGAGCAGAAGUGACGUGGGAGAGCGCCCUGGAACGUCAUGUCCUGGACGCUGACACUGUCACGCAAUUAGCGGCCAAAGUCACUGACCAGCACCAGCCGAAAUUGACUGCGGAAUUGCUUUCUUGCAUCAUCUUGUCGGAUGCGACCACUGGGAAACAGUUGCCCGUCAAGGACGGCCUUGAUCACGGCAUCGUAACGGAGAGGCGCCUCGUCGAAUUGAUCCAGGAACAGAAGCCCGUCCCCUAUCGCCUAAUGGAUUUGGUUGGCAUCCCGUUGGAUGGCAGCGACUAUCGAAAAAUGUCGCUUGCCCAGCAGACCCGCUCCAAAAUUACAACCGAACCGAAAUUCAGCGUCGCUAUCGGCCGUGCCCGGUCUGUUCAACAAGAACCGGGCAAAUUGCAACGCAUCCGACGAAAAGUGAUGAAGCCGCGCGAGGCGGCCAUCCGCGGUUUAGUGGACGCACAGACGGCCGAGCUACUCGAAGUGCCUUCCGCUUCCAUUGAGACGUUGAUCAAGCAACAGAAAAUCGACGCUGAAACGACCGGCGCCAUUAGCGACGUCCUUCGCGGACAUCAGUUGACAUUACGCGAAGCGCUCGAGCGUGGCGUGCUGGACGAUGAAACGGGCGAAAUGCAAUUUCCCGUCGCUUCGAGUGUCUCCGUAACCGAAGCCGUCGAAAGAGGCCUCUACGAUCAGCAUUGCGGUUGUUUCAUCCAUCCGGAAAACGGCAGUUCCCUAAGCCUGGCCGAAGCCGUCCAGUGUGAGAUCAUCGAUCCUCAAACGCAAGUGGUCGACGCACGUUCAGAAGAGCGCAAGUCCGUCGCUCUUUCGCUGGCCAUCGCAAUCGGUUUGGUGGAUGAGAAGAAUGGCGAUGUCCAAACGGCCAACGGCCCCGUAUCGAUGAUGGAAGCUGUUGCGACCCGGCAUCUCUACUUACCAUCGCCACGUAUUUGGGCCCCGCAAGUGCCACCUGUCGGUCUUACUUUGCCCGUCGCUCUCGAUCGUAAACUGAUCGACGCGUCCGCUCUGGAAAUGAUUCAUCCAUCAACUGGACGCCGGAUGGCGCUCGAACAGGCCAUUGACAAUCAUCUGAUUAUGGCCAUACCGUACCCUGCCGCGCCCGAAUACGUCCUCCUCCGUCGUGCCAUAGAAAAGCGGAUGCUGGAUGUGGAUCGUAAAACCUUUACUGACACGGCUGGCCGGAAAAUGAAUGUGACUGAAGCUCUGGAACGAGGAAUCUUGGUAAUCAAACGCCCGAUUCAAUAUCAUUCCACUGUCGUGUCAUCUGUCGAAUCGACACGGCUGGAUGAGACUCUUGUUUCGACCGAAACGCUGAUCACUCGAAACGUCCAGUGCGUGCCCGGCUAUACUUUGAUCGGUGGCGAUCAAGUCAAGAAUGAACGGACCGGCCGGAUAAUGACGUUGGAAAAAGCUGGAAGACUUGGCCUCAUCAUCGGCAUCCAGGCUGACCAACUUUCGUUCCAGGAGGCUGUUUCAGAAGGAUUCGUUCAUUUAGCAUCGGGCACGUUCACGAGGCCUGGAACUCACGAACGAAUGACCAUCAAUCUAGCCCUUAAAGAAGGCUGGCUGCGUUUGGAUGGCUACAGUGACGUCCGAUUGAAUAAGACCAGCUCGAAGAUGACGGCCGAAACGCUCAUCUACGAUUACAACAGUCAGCAAAUGAUCAGUGUCCAGCAAGCCAUCCGAAGUGGCCUUUUGGGACAAAAUGGCGAAUACCAGCAAUCCGGUAAAGCUCUUCCUUUCAACGAAGCCGUCCGUUCGGGUCUUGUGGCUGUCUUGGGCGUCCCGGAAAUGCCUGGACGUGACCCCGAUUCCAUGCCCGUCUUGUUCAAUUUGUCACCUGUCUGCAGUCGAGAAGCGAACGAACCCGUUCUCGUAUGCCGUUCGCGGCGGACAUCCAUUCGCAACGCUUUGAAGGAGGAGAGGAUUGCCUCUCAGGCUCAGCUAGUCGUCCGGAAGUCCCGGAUGUCCGUCGACGAAGCUCUCCGUCAGAAUUUAGCCACCCCAACGGCCAUCAUAUCCAUCGAAGAGAACGAUCAGAUUCAUUUGGUCGGCGAGCCUGACCUUCACAUUUCUCCCGUUGACAUCCUGGACCGAGAUUUCGCCAUAGAACAUGGUUUCUACGAUCCAUCACAAGAGCUGUUUGUCGACAUCGAGACAGGGGACUCCAUAAGAGUAGCGGACGCCACGGCUCUUGGCAUCCUGAAUGGCAAAGAGAUUUUGAUUAAAGACGUCCGUUGCAAUAGCGUUGUUACGCUGGACGAGGCUCUUGACAAACAGAUUGUAGAUCCAGUUACGGGCCACAUGAUCGAUCCGAAAAAGGGAAAGAAGAUUGCCUUUUACGAAGCUGUUCGACUGGGUUGGAUCGAAGCCAGUCCGGCUGCUCAUCGAGCGCACCUGGGUGAUCCGAUCACCUUCAAAUACGUCGUUAAUAAAGGCUGGUAUGCAGUAGACAGUGGUCUAUUAAGUUUGCCGAAGUUGAAGACGCCAGUUCAGUUGUCCGUCGCCAUCCGCCACCAGUAUGUCAAUCCGGAUUCCGUUAUCUUUCGAGUCUUCAGCACGGGAGAGGAUCUCACUCUAACUCAAGCCGCCCAGCGUGGAUGGAUCGAUCCGUUGGCAGGCGCUGUCAAACAGAAUGAAGAUGCUAAGCCGAUCGACUUCGCCAAAGCCGUCCAGUCGGGUCUUCUUCAACCCAAAAGAAAAGCGAUUGCGCUGGAGGCGGCCAUUCGCAACGGAUCAUUCAAUGGAAGCAAUGGAAGAAUAACCGAAAGCGUCUGUCAGAAGGCCUUAACUAUCGAAGAGACAAUCAACUGGGGUCUCAUCGAUGCCUUCAUCUCCGAAAUUCACGACACGAAACGGCAAAAAAUGAUUUCGCUAGAAGAGGCCCUCGAGAGCCGAUUAGUAGACAGCGGGAAAGGCCGUCUGAUGAACACGGCUACCGGGCAAUGGAUGGAUUUGGUCACGGCAUUAAAACAAGGACUAAUUUCUACUCAAACGACGACACUGAGCAUUUUCGACGCGGUUAAUGACGGACUGUACGAUCCCGAUACGGGCAAAUUCUCCAAUCCUUUUACCGGCAGACAGGAGACCCUACGCGAGUCGAUCGACAGCGGUCUUAUUGACGGUUCAUCGGCCCGUGUCCGGCAAGAGGAUGAAAGUUACAUUUCCCUUGGAGAAGGGGCCGAGUCGUUGGAAGGUCAAAGACUGGACCAAGCUAUUGACGAGAAAAAGAUCAUCCCUCUACACAAAGCGUGGUCGUUGCAAGAGGCUUUGGCCCAUCAACUGUACGAGCGUGAAACGGGCCUGUUCGUUAUGGCCGGCCGAGACAAGAUCACUCUGCACACAGCCAUUCAGAAAGGAUUCAUUCAGAAAUCGGCGUUGACGGUCAAAGACCCUCGGUCUUCUGAUAUUCUCAGUCUUGGAGAUGCCAUCAAAAUGGGCAUAAUUGACUCGACUUCUGGUAUGGCCAUUGACCCCUCCACCAGCGUCGAAAUGGACUUUGUAGCCGCUAUGGAACGUGGACUUAUCAUUGGUGCCAAGCGCAAACUUUCCAUCACUGAAGCCUUGCUCAAGGGGAUGUACGACAUGAAAUCGGGACGUUUCUCAACGCUCUCUGAAGUUCGUAAACCCAAACUACCGACAGACGUUGCCAUCCGGAAUGGUGUCAUUGACUCGACUGCAAAUUUGGUGCGUAACUUCAAAACGGGCAAUGUGGUCACUUUCGAACAAGCCGUGCGAGAACAACUGAUCGACGUCAAACAAGGAACGCUCCGCAUUUCAGCCAAGCAGACGAGCGAUUUUCAACAAGCGCUGGAUGGCGGCUUCCUGAUCGAAGUCCAGCGGCCCCUUUUCCUCAGCGAGGCCAUGGUCAAAGAAGUUUUCAAUCAUCAGACGGGUCUCUUCCUCGAUCCGUUGACUGGACAAUGGCUGACGCUCAUCGAAUCCAUCGAAAGUGGAUUGAUCGAUCCGGAAUCGGUCCACGUCAAAGAUACGCGCUUUGGUUUCUUGCGUAAGACCUCCCUGACGACGGCCAUUGAAUUAGGCACGAUCGACGGGCAGACCACGCGCGUUACCGACUUAUCCAGCGGCAAGGAGUACACGCUAGCCGAAGCGUUUACUAACGAGCUGAUCGUCGAUAGCAAAGCUCCUGUUUCCAUUCAGCGGAUGAUCCAUCAAGGUCUUUACGAUGAAGCGACUGGCCGCGUCACCGACCCAAACAGCGGCCGGAAAAUAACAAUCCACGAAGCUCUUCGGCGUUGUGUUCUGCACCCACUUUUGCCGUGCUUCUUCGAACGACAAACCGGUAAUCUAUUAAGCCUGGCUGAAACUUGCCGGAACGGGAUCAUCGAUCGUCAAACGGGUUUGUUUCGACUUCCGCAAUCCAAGCUGGAAAUGCCGUUGAACAAAGCGCUGGAACGUGAAUUCAUUCUAGAUAUCGAACAGCCCUUCUCUCUCUAUGACGCCGUCCGCGUCGGCUUUUUCGAUAGGCACCGCAAUUGCUUUUUCCACCCGACCAACGGCCGCCGUCUCAAUUUGGACGUUGCUUGCAAAGAAAACCUGAUCCAGGCGACCAAGUCCAUCGUCAAACAUGGCAAGACGGGACGCUACAUGAAACUAGACGAAGCUGUUUGCAUCGGAUUGAUUGAUGCGGAACGCAAUGCGUAUUGCCUGCCGGGCAGUAGCGAUAUGACCUUCCCCGAAGCCUUGGAACGCUGUUUCAUAGUGACGUCAAAGUCGGGCCUGACGCUCGAAGAGGCCAUUCGCAAUGGCCUUUAUGCUCACGAGACGGGCAAAUUCGUCGACCCUUCAGUCGGUGAUUUAUUGGACUUGAACCAAGCGUUGAAACAUGGAUUGAUUGAUGGCUCCACUACGGCCCUCAAGGACGCAUCCACUGGUAGCCUCAAAAGCCUUAAUAGCGCCAUUGAAGACGGAGACAUUGACGGAGUCCGCGGGAGAGUUGUCGAGGCCCGAGGCAAACGAUCCAUGAACCUGGAAACGGCCGUGGAAGAGCAAGUGAUUGUCACCGUUGAUCGAGCUUUAACGUUCAAUCAAGCUGUCCGCGAUGGCGACAUUGAUUUGACUAUUGGCACGUUUGUCGAUCCACGCACAUCCUGUCGACACACCCUGGAAGAAGCCAUCCGGCAUGAAUUGAUCGACCCGCAAUCGGCCGUUAUCAAGAACCCACAAACAGGUGGCUUCAUCACGGUCAAACGGGCUAUUACUGAAGGCAUCGUCGAUAUGCGUAAACGGGCCAUCGUGGACCGGCAAACAGGUCAUUUGGGUCCUCUGUGCAUCAUUUUCGAACAAGGUACGGUCGUGUUCCAUCGACAAACGAUCGGAUUCGACGAAGCUAUUGAACAAGGUCAAUUCAACUUGAAAAUCGCCCGAUUGAUGGAACCAUCCAGCAACGAAGAAUUGAAUCUUAAACAAGCCGUGGCGUUUGGCUGUUUGAACUCGGAUUCCGUCUUGGUUAGGGACAAUUUGCAUAGACAAUUGCUCAAGUUGUCGGCUGCCUUCGAGCUGGCCAUAGUCGAUGCAGAUCAGGGUCUCGUAUUGGACAAUUCCAGCGGUAAACAAGUGACCCUUAGCGAAGCGUUAGCGACAGGUCUUAUCGUCACUCCCAAACGGCAACUCUCGCUAAUUGAAGCCAUCGAAUUCGGACUUUACAACAUCGAAACGGGCCGCUUUUCCGAUCCCUUUACCCAGCGCUCGUUAACUCUUGCCGAAGUUGUCGAUACGGCCCUUCUGGAUUUCUCUACUAACUUGGCUAAAGACCCCGAGACAGGUCGCAUUCUUUCCAUAACACAGGCCAUUGAAGAAGGCCUAGUGAAUGCCUCGUCUGGUCGAUUGGCCGACAUGAACUUGGCGGAAGCCUUAUCCAAAGGAUUCCUCUUGACGACUUCUGCCCGGCAAGCCAUGGAGGAAAGGUACAAGCUGUGCGAUGAUGGCAUGGCACGUUUGCUAGUGUGGAUUUCUAACAUUGAAGCUCAGCUGGCCAAUCAAGACACGGUCCGCGAAGAUGUCGCUGAAUUGAAGAAUCAAAUUAACGUUAUCCGAGGCGUCCGUGACGAUAUGGAAUCGCAUUCCCGACCAGUCAAUGCCUGCCUGGAUCAGGUGCGGCAAAUUGUCAGCCAAGGUGGGGAAUAUCUCUCGGCCGAUGAGAUCAACACCAUGGAAAGUAAAGGUCAGGAGCUGAAGAAACGCUACGAUACUGGAACCGACCAAACGGACAAACUGCUCCGCAAGGUGUCGGUUGCUCUCGAUGAGCUGCACAAAUUCCGUACAGAAAUUUCCAAUUUCAAGACUUGGAUUGUAAAGUCUAACAAAUUGGCGGAAGAAAAAGAGCGCCAGUUGGCCAACCUUAGUCGGGUUCAAGCCAAUGCGGAAACGACCCGCGAGUUCGUCAGUGAUGUCAUCGCUCACCAGGCGGAUCUUCGAUUCAUUACCAUGGCCGCCCAAAAGUUUGUCGAUGAAUCCAUGGAAUAUCUCGCGGUCCUCAACGAUUUCCGCGACAAACUCCCGCAGCGAAUGAGACACAUCGAGCCCUCUGAGUUACUGGUGAAGGCCGAAGUGGUUGAAGUCACUGAGGAUUACCAAACAUUGAUGAAGCGAGCCAAUAGGUUGUCGGACAAGAUGACUGAUAUCAAUAGCAAAAACAAAGAUUAUCAGGAAAUCGUAACCAAAGCCAAAGCCUGGCUCAAAGAAGUUGAACCGAAAGCCACGAAAAUCGUAAGCGAACCACUGGGUGCCGAACCCAAAGCCGUUGAAGACCAACUUGGACGUGCCAAAGCUCUCAAUAAUGACGUAAUGGCCAAUGAGCGAUUGGUCAAUCAUACCGUCCAGGCAGCAACCAGCCUGUUGACUGCCUUGGAUGGCGAUGUAUCGGAGGUGGAACGAAGCAAUUUGGAGAGCGUUCCAGCUGACAUCCAAGAUCGUUACAAGAAACUGUUGAAUGCUUUGACUGACAAAUGCCAAUUUUUGGACAACGCUCUCGUACAGAGCCAGGGAGUCCAGGAAGCUCUGGAUUCGCUUGCCAACUGGCUCAGUCAGGCCGAAAAUCAGCUCAAGAACAUGACGAAACCAACCAGUUUGAAUAAGGAUCGUCUAGAUGAACAGCUGAGAGAACAUCGAGUGUUGGUAGCCGACAUUGACAGCCACCGUGCUGGCUUUGAGAGUAUCAACGAAGCCGCUGCUGCACUCGUCGCUAAUCCAGAUAAUGCCCGUGUGGCUCGCAAGAUUGAAGCCAAAAUGAAGGACAUGAAUUCAAGAUACGAGAAACUCCAAGAUAAGGUCUACAAACGAGGAUAUGUCUUGGAGGAAAUCUAUAAGUCGCUGGAUACUUUCACCACCUCGGUCACCCAAUUCGAUGACUGGUACCAACAAGUUUGGGAAAUCCUUGACGCGUCAGAUCAAGAAGAAGCCGAGCAACUUAGCUCCAGGAUUGAAGACAUUUCUCAACAAAAGGAUCAACGCCGAGAGAAUUUCGACAAUAUGCUCCAAAUUGGCAGGACAUUAGUCGUCAAGAAAGACAUCGCUGAUGCUACCCCUGUUCGAGAAAAAAUUAAAACUUUGGAGAUGCAAUGGAAGGAUUUGUCGACAAUCAUCGAACAAAGCCUCAAGGACGGGAAAGCUCGAACCGAUCAGCUGCACACGUACGAGAAACUCCGCGAUCAAGUGCUUGAGUGGUUGACCAAAAACGAAGGACGAGUGGAUGCUCUCGAGCCUGUUGCCGUUGAUGCAGACAUCCUGAAGCGGCAGACGGAUGAACUCCGACCAAUCAUGAAAGAGUACCGCGACUACGAGACGACCAUCAGUAGGGUUGCUGAUCUUGGCACAGCUUAUGAAAACAUGUCCCGGCCCGCCGGAGAUACGUCUCGCAAACCGAGUAUCGUCUCGCCUUCGAAGCGGUCUUCCAUUACAACUCUGCGCCGCUCGUCACAAGAUUCACGCCGACCAUCACAAGAUUUGCGUCGUCAAUCGCAAGAUUUGCGAACUCCCUCACCGAAUAAAGUAGGUAUGGGAGCGUUACCUGUCAACCAGUUGCUCAGCAGCGUCGCUUCCAGCGGCUUUAGUGGCCGAAGAUCUUCCCAAGAUUUUUACGGCAUGGAAGAUUCUUCCGUCGUCCAGAAGCAAAUUGCCGAUAUCUACGAUCGCUACGGACAGUUAGGCUCAAAGCUUCAUGACCGGAAAGCGGAAUUGGAAUUGAUGACAGAGGAAGCUAAAAAACACACUGACGCUUUGAAAACGCUGGCUGCCUUCUUGGACAAAGUGGAGCGCCAGUUACCGCGCGACUCGGCCGUCCCUCAAACGAGAGACGACGCCGAGAAGCAACUGAGAAGUGUCAAGAAUGUUUUGGAGGAUAUGUACGACAAGCAACCACAGUUGGACGGCCUUAAGACCCAGGUGACUGAACUUCUUCGUCGCAAGAGCGGUGUCCCUGGUGCGGAUGCUCUACAGGAUCAAUUAGUGACUGUCUCUGGUCGCUGGAAGGAUCUGCAAGAUCGCUGCAAAGCUCGUUCGAAAUUCCUCGAGGACGUCAAAGAUUUCCAUGAUACGCACGAUCAGUUAUCGGCUUGGCUGACAGCUAAAGAUCGAAUGAUGUCCGUUCUCGGGCCAAUCUCCUCCGACCCGCGUUUGGUUCACCACCAGCUGCAGCAAGUUCAAGUCUUGCGAGAAGAGUUUAAGGCACACGAACCGCAGGUUCAGCAUUUGGAACGUCUAGCUGAUUUGAUCUUAGAGAUUGCUGAACCCAAUUCCAAUGACGGACGCAAGGUUAACGAUAAGGUCGUUUCGAUUUCAGCCAAAUGGUCGGACCUGAUAGGCCGUCUUGAAGAACGUAAACAAAAUUUGGAUGCAGCAUCUGGAACAAGCCGCCAGUUUUACGCUAAUCUUGGCCAGCUGCAGGAUGCUCUACAAAAGAUUUCCGAUAAUCUAGAAGAGUUGGCUGUCGAAAAUGUCUACCCCGAAGAGAUACUUAAACAUCUAGAAGAUUUACAAGACCAACUUGAAAGUCAACGGCCUUUGAUUGCUGGACUCGAAACCGUCGGUGAACAACUGUGCGCCGUAUUAAGCGAUGCCUCUUCCAAAGCGGAAGUAGCGCAGAAGCUGAGCCAGAUCGACAAAAUGCAUGCCCAACUUCAAAAGAAGCUGGACAAUCGCCGAGCGGAACUCGAGAAUCUAUUAAAGGAUAACAGGGAAUUCGAAGAUCAGUGUGGACAGUUACAAGAAUGGCUAGGUGAUUGCGCAAGUCUACUCGUUGAAGCGCUACAAGUUUCCGCCGAUCGCGAUGUUUUGCGCCGUCAGUUGCAACACAACGAGCCAGCCUAUAAAGAUGUCAUGGACAGAGAACACGAAGUUAUCAUGAUGCUGGACAAAGGUCAAGAAUUGGCCAAUCAAUCGCCAAACAAAAACGAAGCCAAGGCUUUCAAUAAAUUGCUGGAGAAAAUCCGAGGAGACUGGAACAAGGUUCGCCAGGAGACUGUCAGUCGUCAUCGCCGAUUGCAAACUUGCAUGGAACUCUGUCGCAAAUACGAUGGAUCCCAAGAGAUGUUCCUUCCUUGGCUCGACCAAGCUGAAGCAAAACUCAAUCAAAUGCAACCGGUUGCCUUCAAGAAGAGCGACUUGGAUGCUCAGGUGAAGGAUCUGCAAUCAUUCCGUAAUGAUAUUUCCAGACACAGCGCCACAUUUGAAACGAACAGAUCACUCGGCGAGUCUUUCCUAUCGGCUUGCGACGUUGACAAGGAAGGUGUCAAAAAUGAACUUACCAUUACGAAGGAACGCUGGGACCAGAUCAAUGCUGCUGUCCUGGAACGUUCUCAAUCGUUGGAAGACAUCGCCCAGCGGCUGGCCGAGUUCAUCGAACUGUUGCGUGACUCACAGCACGCCAUGCAACGCUGCGAAGAUCGUCUAUCGUCUCAUGACGCCUUGGGUCCUGCAGCACGCGAUUCCAGGCUACUUGAUCGCAUCCGAACGCUCUUGGAUGAAGCCGUCCAGCUUGAAAAGGGAGUCGACCGCGUCCAUCAAUAUGCUACUGGUCUAGUAGCCGACGCUGCCAGCCACGAUUCUAAUGCAAGUCAUAUUCAAGAUCAAGCUGAGGAUCUUGCUAGACGCUAUUCUGAACUACGUGCACACCUUGAGGAUCGCUGUAACAUGCUAGAAACGGCCUCUGUUGCCGUUCUACAGUUCAAUGAACAUGUCAAGGCGGUUUUAGGAGAUUUGUCCACUCUCGAAACGGAGUUGGAUUCAAUGUCACCAGCUGGAAGAGAUUUGGAUACGUUGAAUAAUCAAUUGGACCAAACACAUCACUUUUUGGCUAAACUUGAAGCCCGCCAGACUGAAGUUGAAGCAAUUGCAACUGAUGGUCAAAAUCUAGUGUCAGAGGGACACGCUCCCGAUGCACAAGGUUUGCGUGAUCAGCUCGACUCGUUACGUAAACAAACUACUCGUUUGGAAGACCGUGGAAAGAAUCGGCUUGACGAACUCGAGAAAACGCUUGUUCGAGUUGAGAGCUUCUACGAUCUGCACAGUAACAUCAUGCAACACAUCGAUGAGGCGUCUAACGAAGAACGGGCGUUUAAACCCAUCGUCGGUGACGUCGAAUUGGUCCGCCAACAACAAGAAGAAUUCCGCAGCUUCAAGCAAGAUCUUAUCAUUCCUCUCGGUCAAAACGUGGAAGAAGCCAAUCGCAGCGGCCAAGGCUUGGUGCAGUCCGCUGCCAAUGGCGUGUCUACGACAGCCCUGGAAUCCGACUUGGAAAAAAUGAAUGAUCGAUGGAACAACCUGAAAGAGAAACUCAACGACCGUGAACGCAGAUUGGAUGUAGCAUUCUUGCAGUCCGGAAAGUUCCAAGAAGCCUUACAGGGUUUAUCCAAAUGGCUUUCUGACACCGAAGAAAUGGUAGCCAACCAAAAGCCACCAUCAGCUGAUUAUAAGGUAGUCAAAGCUCAAUUGCAAGAGCAAAAAUUCUUGAAGAAAUUGCUACUGGAUCGUCAGCAGUCUAUGUCUUCGCUGCUGGAUAUGGGUCAAGACAUUGCCAAUCACGCUCAUCCCGAGGAACAGGCUGAAAUUGAAGAGCAACUCCAAGAGUUGGUGGCCCGAUUUGACGCUCUAACCAACGGCGCCGAUGAUAGAAUGGAAGCUCUAGAGAAAGCUAUGGCUGUAGCCAAGGAGUUCCAAGACAAGUUCUCGCCCAUUGCCGACUGGUUAGAGAAAAUGGAACGUAAAAUCAAAGAUAUGGAGAUCGUUCCCACUGACGAAGAGAAGAUCCAACAACGCAUUGAAGAGCACGAUCUGCUGCAUGAUGACAUUCUCAGCAAAAAGCCAGCUUUUGAUAGCCUGACUGAUAUUGCUACAAAUUUAAUGUCGCUGGUUGGAGAAGAAGAGGCUAGCGUCCUCGCAGACCGCCUGACAGAAUUAACGGAUCGAUAUGGUGCCUUGGUGGAGAAUUCUGAGGCCCUAGGACGGCUGCUAAGUGAUGCCAAGACUGGUUUGAGGCAUUUGGUUCUAUCCUACGAAGACUUGUUGGCCUGGAUGGAGAGUAUGGAGUCCAAGUUGUUCAAGUACCGAAUCCUAUCGGUUCACGUCGAGAAACUACAAGAGCAAAUGGAAGAACUGAUGUACCUAACGGAAGAAGUGGCAGGACAUCAACCUCAAGUUGAAUCUGUCGUUGACACUGGUCUGGAACUUAUGCGCCAUAUCACCAACGAGGAAGCUCUGCAGCUGAAAGAAAAACUGGAUUCAGUUCAGCGUCGUUACACGGAUUUGACUGGAAGAGCUGAUGAUUUGUUAAAACACGCUCAGGAGACUCUACCGCUCGUCGAGCAGUUCCAUGUGUCGCACAAUCGCCUGGCCAAUUGGUUAUUGGACGCUGAAGAUCGCCUGCAAGCCUUGGAUUCUUCGUCAGCAGCUUCAGGAGGAAGUGCUGGCCUGGACGUCCAGGAAAGCAUUAUCGCUCGUUUGGAAAGCGAGUUGAGUGAGGUCAGACCUUUCUUAGAUAUGGUCAAUCAGAGUGGACCUCAGCUCUGUCAGAGAUGCCCAGGUGAGGGUUCUGCCUACAUCGAGUCGUUGAUAACGCGUGACAAUCGCCGGUUUGAUGCCAUUUGCGAACAGAUCCAGCGAAAGGCUGAGAGAUUGCAUCUGUCGAAGCAACGCUCAAUGGAAGUCGUGGGGGAUCUUGAUGAAUUGUUAGACUGGUUCCGUGAGACUGAACAACAACUACGGGAAUCCGAACCCCCCAGCUCUGAUCCGGAGGUCAUCCGCGUCCAGCUCAAAGAACACAAAGUCAUCGGUGAUGAAAUCUCUACCCAAAAAGGACGCGUUCGCGACAUUCUGUCAGCAGCACAAAAAGUGCUUCGUGAAUCACCUCAAACUGAGGAUUCGGCCUUCAUUAGGGAGAAAAUGGAAGAUCUUAAGGAAACAAGAGAUCGCGUCUCGGAAUUGAGCGCUGAUCGAUUGAGUAUCCUAGAACAAGCAUUGCCUCUAGCGGAGCAUUUCUACGAAGCCCAUUCCGAUCUGUCUAACUGGCUAGGCGAAAUUGAGGAAGCGUUGUCAAAUCUCGAUGAUCCGGCCAUCCGCCCUGAGCAGAUCGUCCGUCAACAAGAAGGCACCAAGCUCCUUAUGGCUGAGGUUGCCGAGCACAAACCGUUGUUUGACAAAUUGAACAAGACCGGUACAACUCUAGCCAAGCUAUGUAUCGAAGAAGAAGGCGUCAAGGUUCACGACAUUCUCGAAUCGGACAACGCGAGGUAUGCAGCUUUGCGAUCGGGCUUGCGUGAGCGCCAACAAGCUCUGGAAGAGGCCUUGCAAGAAACCAGCCAAUUCUCAGACAAACUUGAUGGUAUGCUUGCCGCUUUGGCCACCGCCUUCGAACAGGUAAAAUCGGCCGAGCCUGUAGCUGCCCAUCCUGACAAAAUUCAGGAACAAAUGCAAGAAAAUCAAUCUGUUGUCGAAGACCUCGAGAAGAGAGAAUCUGCGUUUGAAGCAGUGAAGCGAGCCGCAGACGAAGUAAUCGUGAAAAAUCCUUCAGAUCCUGCCGUGAAAGACAUCGAGGGCAAGCUGAAGAAGUUGUCCAAACUGUGGGACACGGUUGUGUCUGCCACUGGGGAACGCGGCAAAUCUCUGGAAGAGGCUUUGGCCGUCGCCGAACGUUUCUGGGAAGAAUUGCAAGCUGUUAUGAGGGCUUUGAAAGAACUGCAAGAAACUUUGGUCACACAAGAACCACCUGCCGUCGAGCCGGCCAAGAUUCAUCAGCAGCAAGCCACUUUGCAAGAUAUCAAGACAGAUAUCGAACAUACCAAACCCGAAGUGGAACACUGUCGCCAAGUUGGUCAAGAGCUCAUCAACUUGUGCGGUGAACCCGAUAAGCCGGAAGUGAAGAAACACAUUGAAGAAUUAGAUUCCGCCUGGGAUAAUAUCACGGCCUUGUACGCCAAGCGGGAAGAGAACUUGAUUGACGCUAUGGAGAAAGCCAUGGAGUACCAUGACACGCUCAAUAGCCUGGCUGAGUUUUUGGAAAAAGCGGAGAAGAAGUUCCAUGAAAUGCGACCUCUUGGAACCGAUAUCGAGACGGUGAAAGAACAAAUUGAACAACUCAAAGCAUUCAAAGCAGAUGUCGAUCCUCAAAUGGUCAAAGUGGAGACACUCAAUAGGAGUCUAAACAGGCAAGCUGCCGAUCUUGCAGAUCGUUCUUCACCUGACCAGGCUGCACGUUUGAAAGAGCCCUUGGCCAAAGUGAACCGUCGCUGGGAAGAUCUUUUGCGUGGAGUUGUUGACAGACAACGUGAGCUGGAACACGCUUUGUUGCGUCUAGGACAGUUCCAACAUGCUCUCAAUGAGUUACUGGUCUGGAUCCAACGCACCGAUAGCACUUUGGACGAGUUGAAACCCGUCUUUGGAGAUCCAAGUGUCAUUGAAGUUGAACUGGCUAAAUUGAAAGUGUUGAUCAAUGACAUUCAAGCCCAUCAGACUAGUGUCGAUACGUUGAACGAUGCCGGUCGACAAUUGGUCGAGACCGACAAGGGCUCGGAUGAUUCUAACAAGACCCAACAACGUUUGGUGCUUCUCAACAAGAAAUGGGGUGACCUGGUCGAAAAAGCCUCCAGUCGUCAGAAGGAACUGGAAGAUGCUCUUAGAGAAGCUCAGCAAUUCACUGCUGAAAUUCAAGAUCUAUUGUUGUGGCUCAACGAUAUCGAUGGUGCCCUUUCCAUGUCGAAGCCGGUGGGCGGUCUACCCGAAACGGCGUCAGACCAACUACAACGCUUUAUGGAAGUAUAUCAUGAGCUGGAAAAGAACCGACCCUUGGUAGAAAGCUGCCUGCAACGAGGUGCCGAAUACCUGAAGCGUUCAACCGAUGGAGCCGCCGUGUCAUUGCAGCAUAAUCUACGGACGUUGAAACAGCGCUGGGACAACGUGAUGAACCGUGCCAACGAUAAGAAAAUCAAGUUGGAGAUCGCACUUAAGGAGGCUACUGAGUUCCAUGAUGCUUUGCAAGCGUUUAUCGAUUGGCUAACCAACGCUGAAAAGACUUUAGGUGGCCUCAAACCUGCUUCACGCGUUAUGGAGACCGUCCUGUCUCAGAUUGAGGAGCACAAGUCCUUCCAAAAGGAUAUAGCGGCACAACGCGAGGUCAUGCUCAGCUUGGACAAAAAGGGAACUCACUUGAAGUACUUUAGCCAGAAACAGGAUGUCAUCCUCAUCAAGAAUCUCCUCAUCAGCGUUCAACAUCGUUGGGAACGUGUUCUUUCCAGAGCUGCUGAACGAACCCGGGCACUGGACCACGCCUACAAAGAGGCCAAAGAGUAUCACGAUUCAUGGCAUGAGCUCUAUUCUUGGUUAGACGAAGCUGAGAAAGGAUUCGACGAUGCUGUACUGCAGCUGGGCAAAGAUCCGGAGAAGAUCAAGCAGCUUUUGGCCAAACACAAAGAGUUCCAGCGAACUCUUGGUGCUAAACAACCGACUUAUGAUGGCAUCGUGCGUCUUGGCAAACUUGUCAAGGAUCGUGCUCCGAAGACAGAUGAGCCUACCUUGAAGCAAAUGAUGUCUGACUUGAAGGCCAAAUGGCAAUCUGUUUGCAACAAAUCAGUUGAUCGUCAGAGGAAACUUGAAGAAGGAUUACUCUUUUCUGGACAAUUCAAAGACGCUAUUCAGGCGUUGGUUGACUGGUUGUGCAAAACGAACCCAGCUCAAAUGAUGGAAGGUCCUGUUCAUGGAGACUUGGACACUGUAAUGGCACUUCGCGAGCAGCACAAGAACUUCGAAGAAGAGCUCAACAGCCGGUUAGCCCAGACCAAACAGGUCCGGAAAAUGGCUGUGGAUGUGAUGGCAAACGCUAGCGAAGAGGAUAGAGCAGCAAUUCAGAAGCAAGUGUCUGAAUUGGAUGUUACAUGGGAGAAUGUGUCCAAAGCCGCAAGCACCAGAUCUGCUAACCUGGAUGAUGCGUUAGUCCAAGCCGAGACUUUGCACAAAGCCGUCAAUAUGCUCUUGGAAUGGCUGUCGGAUGCCGAGAUGAAGCUGAGAUUUGCUGGUGCUCUUCCCGACGAAGAACCAGAAACUAAACAGCAGUUGGCAGACCAUCAUAAGUUUUUGGAAGAAGUGAUUAAAAAAGAAACAGACAAAGACGACACUUUGGCCUUGGCUCAAGAUAUUCUCGGCAAGGCUCACCCUGACGCUGUCUCCGUCAUUCGCCACUGGAUUACUAUCAUCCAAGCCCGAUGGGAAGAGGUCAUGGCAUGGGCUAAUCAGCGUGAACAUCGUCUCAACGAGCACCUUCGCAACUUGCGAGAAAUGGCCUCCAUGCUUGAAGAACUUCUCGCCUGGCUCGCCACUGCGGAAAAGACUCUGAUUACUUUGGAAGCCGAGCCUAUCCCUGAUGAUCUGCCUAUUAUCGAAGGUUUGAUUAAGGAUCACCAAGAGUUCAUGGAAGACAUGGCUAAAAGGCAACCUGAGGUGGAUCGUGUGUGUAAGACCAAACAAGCACCACGGACCAAUCAACCAGGCAAGAUGGAACGUAAACCGUCUCGUAACAAGUCGACGUCAUCAGUGCCAGACCGCGAAUUCAGCCAGAGCCCUACGCGAGAAUCAUCACCGGAGCACGAUACUCCAGCUCGCCGUUCAAGCCGUGUAACACCUGAUCGAGAAAAUUCGCUAAUACCCCGUCUAGUCCGCCCCAGCUACAAACCGCAAUCGCGAGAAUCGACUCCUGGACCACAACAGCAAAGUCGAAAGCCAAGUCAAGCGACUUCACCGAGUCCAGCACGAGAUGGUUCUCCUUCACGUGACUAUCCCAAACCUUGGAUGGUUGGAACAAGCCGUAGCAGCCCAGGCCGUGAGAAGACUCCUGACAAUUAUUGGCCACAUAUCGGCCCCCGCUUUGCUCCUGCUGUUACUCCAGUUGGUGGAAACAGUCGCAAAGGAAGCAAAGUGAGCGUAGAAAUGUUGCCGCGCAAUCCGCGCGCCCGUCAACUCUGGGAUCGCUGGCGUAACGUCUGGAUGAUGGCCUGGGAUCGCCAACGUCGUCUCCAUGAUAAACUGAAUUAUUUGCAAGAACUAGAGAAGGUCAAGAACUUCAGCUGGGAUGACUGGAGACGCAGAUUCAUGAAAUACAUGAACAACAAGAAAUCCAGAGUGACGGAUCUCUUCCGCAAAAUGGACAAGAAUAACGAAGGAUUUAUUCCUCGCGAAGACUUCAUCGAAGGAAUCAUGAAGACCAAGUUCCCCACCAGCCGUAUGGAAAUGAAUGCUGUGGCCAACAUGUUCGAUCGCAACAAUGAAGGCUACAUCGAUUGGAAGGAAUUCUUGGCUGCCUUACGACCCGACUGGGAAGAGCGUCCAACUACUGAAGACGAAAUCAUUCACGAUGAGGUGAAACGAGCGGUUAAUCAAUGCACAUGUCGCAAUCGGUUCAAAGUGCACCAAGUCGGUGAAGGCCAAUAUCGGUUCGGUGACAGCCAAAAGCUUCGCUUGGUACGCAUUCUGCGCUCAACCGUGAUGGUUCGUGUCGGCGGUGGAUGGGUGGCUCUCGACGAAUUCCUCGUUAAAAACGAUCCGUGCCGCGUUGUUAUCAUACCCCAUAUCAGAGUAAGAACACCCGGCGAGCACGAGUUCUGGUGUCCUUUCUUUUCCAAAGGUAGGACCAACCUCGAGCUCCGCGAGCAGUUUAUCCUGCCCGAAGGCGCCUCGCAGGGAAUGACUCCAUUCAAGACCAGGGCGAGCCCGAACAGCUCCGUGUCUAGCCAGCCCGGAACCGGCCAAAUGGUCGUCUCGCCCCUACAUGCACGAUCACCCUCUCUUCCCACUGCUGGGCCCAUCACCAAGGUGCGAGAGAGAACAGUACGCAGUUCACCAAUGCGCCCAUCUUUCUCAGCGGGAACUCCCGACAGCUCUGUUAGCGAGAGUGAUGGUUCUUUCCAUUUGCACAGCGGCCGCAAGGCCUCCGCUCCUCCGAGGACGAUGAUGUCUGGAGGUGGAAGCCAUUCUGGCAGCCGCCCCGCGAGCCGCAAUGCCGAUUCUAAACAUGGAUCCAUUCAAUCACUUGACAGUUAUGAUGGUGGAUAUGCGCAAAAAACACCUACAGGAAUCCGCCGCACUCCCAGUUUCCAACGACCCGAUUCUGCUUCUCGCAAUCAACCGGGUUCGUCGAGCACAUUGCCUCGCAAGAGAUCGACAAUUCCAUCACCGGUGGAGACUCGUGCCCGUCAUCCGAGUGGAUCAAGCGCAUCUGGUGUAUCGCCCAGUCCAUCUGGGGGUUUCAAUGGAGGUGGCAUAAGCGCGGCCAGCCGAUCAAGGAUAUUACGAACUACAUCCGCCUCGAAUAUCCCUGUAUUAACGUCAACGCCGUCUAGAUCGAGAAUUCCGGUUUAUGUUGGAGUUGACAGUGAUGAUGGGAUUAGAGCUCGCCAAUCGAUCACGGCUAGUCAUCGAUCCUCGAUAUCUUCUAGCCGGCCAGUGUCUCGGACCCCUUCCACGUCCAACAUUCCUGUAUUAACAACCCCCUCUCAAAGGGGACGCACGGCCUCUGGAUCAAGUGGCGCUGGCACUCCCGGCACUCCCGGAAUGAUGAGGCGUGAAGGAACCUCUGACUCAAUGACUGGCAUUGCGCGCAAAACAACUAGCACUGGCAUCCGGAAACCUUCCGGCACACCGCUAUCUCGACCCAGCCCCAAGUAAAAUCGAAAGGAUAACCGUAAAGAUCCGUCCAAUGGUAAAAUCCAACCUGUCGGGGAGAUUUCAGUUAAAUUCCAGCUCAUGAUUUGAAUACUGGGGACUUUUUUUUUUUUUUUGUUACUGCAAAUGGAGAACAUCUGUGUGUUCGAUUUUUUUUUCUUUUCUUUUUUGUUCGUUUUUGUUUUUUGUUUUUUUCGUCUUGUUCUUUUUUACGUUGAAAUUAAUCCGUUCCCUGCCACUCUCUUCCGCCGAAGUUAUGUUAGCGCUUUCGUUUGCUGUUGGAUUUACUACUUCUCACUAACCCUGUUUUUAAAAAAUCUUAAAAUCCCAAUAUCUUUAAAAACGCCCGCAAAUGUUCUUCGCUAAUUUAUAUAGCAAAGAUAACUAGAAACUGGGCAAAUUCAUGACUUUUAUGGUUGGCCUACAAAAAAAAAGACAAAAAACAAAAAAAGAAUGCGACUCUCAUCCGCUGAUUUACGUUUAAGGAAUAAGGAAUGGAGGAAAUUGGCGGUUUUUGGGGGUAAACUUGAGCACAAUUAUACAUCUUUAUGUGUUCACAAUUCGGACAGUUUUCUUGCGUUCCAAGCUAUUCGUUUUCAGUCGCUUUUGAUGAGAUAAAAAUUUCGUUGUCGCAAUUUUUUUUAGUAGCAAUUCCUUCGUAUAAGAAUGUACAUAACGUGCUCUCUCGAUAAGUUUUACACUCUGAAGCACGGUGUUGGGGUUGACGAUGUAAAAUGCUAUAGAAGGAGGGUGUAACACGAUGGCUAACCUCGAAAUAUCAUAUUAAUGAAAAUCCAUUCAGUUAGUUUUAUGCUGUCAUCUUAUGUCCAGUUUUUGCAAAUUUAUAGUGAUAAUAAAUUAACCCUGUGGCUUAUAA